GCGUGUCCUCCUCCUGUAAUACUACGGUGCCUCGACACGUUACGUCACUCCGCGGUGACGGAGGCGUCAGGCGAGCAGCAGCUUGCUCUCCGUUACCGACAGCUCGGGAUAUCUAACAAAGGGUACCAGGCGUUCAUAGCCGAGGGGGGUCGAGAGGGGAAAAAGCAAUGCGUGAGCCGGUGCGUGUCGACGUGGUGCUCCCGCAAUGAGCCGCACACCCCGGGACCCGUGCGCUGCCGGACGGGACAUGAGGACCGCGUGGGUCGUGACGCUGAGCGCGCUCCUCUGCGCGCGGACCGCCGGAGGAUCGCCGCUGGUCUCCCACGCCGGGGUUUUUCUUGAAAGGUAUGGCUACCUCCACCAGGACAACCACAUCCACAGUGCAGAUGAGAUGCAGUCAGCUAUCUGUGAGUUCCAGUGGCUUUCCCAGCUUCCCGUCACAGGUGAGCUCGACAGCGUCACCCUGAAGCAGAUGGCGGAGCCUCGCUGCGGGGUGUCGGAUGAGGGCAGCCAGCACAUCUGGAAGUGGAGAGUAAACGCCAUCUUCACUGGAAAGAGCGCCGCUCUCAGGCGCAGGAAGCGCGCUGGCACGCAAGCCGAGAAGUGGUACAAGCGCCAUCUGACCUACCAGAUAGUGAACUGGCCUCGCCACCUGUCCCUGGGCUCCGUGCGGCUGGCGGUGCGCGUCGCCUUUCAGCUGUGGAGCAACGUGUCGGGCCUCGUGUUCCAGGAGGCCCCCGGGGGCCCCGCGGACAUCCGACUGGCGUUUUACGAGGGAGACCACAACGACGGGGCGAGCAAUGCCUUCGACGGACCAGGAGGAACUCUGGCUCACGCCUUCCUGCCCCGCAGGGGGGAAGCCCACUUCGACAUGGCCGAGAGGUGGACGCUGAACGGACACAAGGGACACAACCUGUUCAUGGUGACCGCCCACGAGAUCGGCCACACUCUGGGACUGGAGCACUCGCCCGUCCGCCACGCCUUGAUGUCGCCGUACUACCGGAAGCUGGGCCGCAGCCUGGUGCUGAGCUGGGACGACAUCGUGGCGGUGCAGCAGCUGUACGGUAAGCCGUCGGGCGAUCGCCCCGUGAGGCUGCCGGGCCAAGUUCUGCAUGCCACCCUGCAGGAGUGGGAGUUCUCAGAGCUUCACGAGGGGCACGAGACCACAGGGCAGCCCCUCUACUGCCAGGGGGUCUUUGAUGCCAUCACCAUGGACCAGAACGACACCGUGCUGGUGUUUCGGGGCGGUGUGUACUGGACGGUAUCGCCCGGAGGCGGUGCGAGCGGCCCGCUGCCCCUCCGUCAGCGCUGGUCGGGCCUUCCCCCGGCCAUCGAGGCAGCUGCCUUCUCCCCGCUGGACUCCAAGUGGUAUUUUUUUAAAGGGAAGCGAAUGUGGCGCUACUCGGGCAGCGUGCUGGACCAGGGCUUCCCCAGGAGGAGCGGCGAGAUGGGGCUGCCUCGACACCCUGACUGCGUCUUCUACUACGCUCCUCUGGGUCACAUGGUCCUCUUCAAGGGCUCCCGUUACUCCGUGCUCAACCUCAAAACCUUGCGCCAGGAGCCCUACUACCCUCGCAGGUUGACGGACUGGACGGGUGUGCCACAGGGGACCAACGGGGCUCUGGCCCGUCCCGACGGACGCCUCUAUCUGUUCAGAGAACAGCGCUUCUGGAGGUUUGACCCGGUCAAAGUGCGAGUCACCAGGGAGGGAAAGUGGGCCACGGAUCUGAGCUGGACUGGUUGCAGCCACGCUCCUCAGAGCAACAGCAUUCUUUGACCAGCAGAGAGAGCUGUAGGCCUUAAAGAACUUGCAAUUUGUUUGUGUCUGCUGUAAUUUAAAGAUGCAGUGGCUUUUUCAACCUGAACCCACAUUGAGUUUAUAUGUUGCAAAGGCUCAAUGAACUCCAUAAAGGGUUUGAAAUAGAUCUGAAAUAGAUCCACUUGCUUUCUACGAUUUAAAGCACAAGUAGUAUUUAUGCUGCAGAUAAAUGUACAAUUAUAGCCUCAUUAAUACAGCCAAGAUAAUGGAAAGAGCCGUGCACCCUAAAAUAAGAAGAGCAAACCAUUUCUUUUAUUGGAUCAACGCCUUUUCUUUCUUUUUUUUUGUCUUAUCUGCUCGCCGACUGAGAAAUCAAAGAACAUGUCGUCUCUUCUGUAAUACCAGAAUAUACUAUCCAACAUAUAAUAGACAUGUUUGAGAGUCUGAAAUGUUUAGGUUUCCUAAGGAGAAACACAAUUGAGUGGAAAAGGGUUGUCUUAUGCAAUCGGAUGUGCAUUUAAACAAAUGUAAUCAAAAGCCAUUUUUACAUUUUAGCAGUAUGGCUGCAGAAAAAACGUUAUAAAUAAAUAAUAAGAGUAAUUUAAACAUUCAACAAUAUUAUUGCCUGCAUUGUUUUAAAUUACCAUUCCUUUCGUACUGCUCUCUUGUCAGUUCCGUUCUAUUAAAACAAUAACCCUGUA